CUACCUUAGGAGAAAUUGUUGAUUCAAAAUGUCUUCCAGCUGGAUAUAGUACUAGUGUAUCUCCAUUGCCAAAUGUUUGCGAUCACUGUAAAAAAAAACUUGAUGAUGGUGAAGUUUUAGUUUGUGGGCAUGGAUACCAUUUUGAAUACUAUCAAAAAUUAAAGUAUAGUUGUUAUUAUUGUGAAGAAUAUUAUAAACGCGAAAUAUAUAAUAAUGUAAAUUCCUUUUUAAAACGAUUGGAAAAAGGUCCAAAUAUACUUACCACUGAAGAAAAAGAAGGUGAAAAUGUUGAAGAUAUCGCUAAUGAAAAUGAUGAAAAGGCGGAAGAGAUAGAAACAAAUAAAAGUCAACAAGUACAUGUAACUUUUAUAAAUGCACUUAACCAAAUUGGCACUUGGUAA